UUCAUAUCUUUGAAAUUGACAUACGUAUGAGGCGUCCAUGUAUUUACAUCAUACCUUCCACGCAUCAUCGCACGCACCCAAUUCGCCCCUAUCGGAGGUCGCCGACGCCCGUGAGGUAAAACGCCCGUAUUGGUAUCCAACCACUCACAAUGGAGAACAAAACGCACUCCCUCGAAACCUCUAAUUCAUCAAAGAUCGUAAAAAGAGUAGGCAAGUUCGAUGGGGGAAAUAUCGCGCGGAGUGAGAUUGAACCCCGCACGCGUACAUACACACAUACAUCAUUAUACACGCACGUACACUCGCACAAAGAAAACGCAGGGAAGAAGAAACGGGAAUGCGGUAGGUAUCAUAUCGUAUCAAGUCCUUAUCUACAGGGUCGGGUUGGAGAGGCACUGGGAAAAAGGCAUGCAUAUCUGUGGUAUAAACAGCCGAUUGGACGGGGUGCCGGAAUCAUCCAAUCGCGAUCGCUUUGCGUGUCCUCCUUCUUUUUACUUGCUUUUUUCCCUCCUUCUUCUUGCCUCGCAUCGAGGUUUGUGUGUUGUGUGAGGGUGUGAGACUCAAGAGGGUGUGUGGCGACUACCCCACGCGUUCUGGUGAUCGUUCCUUACUUGACUCCACCCCCACUCGUAUGCAAGCCUUUCCUGCAUGUAUGUGUUUGAUAUAU